AAUAAAUAAAAAGACACGAAAAAAGUCAAACAAAAAUAAAACAAAAAAAAAUUAAGCAGAUAUGGAGCGCGUGGGCCUUCUUUUAACAUGACCUUGAUCAAAGCCGUGUGCAAAAUCUAUCUUCGAUCUUCGCAAAAUGAACACUUUGGCAAAAAAGCAACAGUAUUAAAAAAAAAAUCCUAAAUAUUUUUACACAAAACACAAAAAAUCACACAAAUUUAUCGAAUCAAAGAAAAUUCUUUUAAGAAAUAAGUUCAAAUGCCAGUAGUAGCAAGUAUGAAACAAAACACAAGUGAUACAGAUGCAAGCGUUCAACGAACGGAUUCACAACGGUCUCAAUCCAAUGGGCCUCGUGUGUCAUUCAAUAAAGAUGUUCAUGUCAAGAAAAUUGGACGUCGUUUGAGUGAUCCAUCCGAGGUUUCGUACCAUCCAAAUAUUCGUCGGGAGCUUCCGAGUGAUUUGUCAGCUGAAGCACUUCGCAAAGAAGCCGCUUUGGUAUUAUCACAAGCUCAAAAAGAACGAGCAAAUCGCCCGACAAACGGCCCAACGCACCAACGACUUUCACGAACAUCGUCAGAUCCUAAAAGACGAAAAGAAGAUCAAGUAAAAAAUCGAUUUGGUUCCUUGCCAUCUCGCAGCAACAACAAAGCCUUGGGACGCAGUUCAAGCGACGCAUCAAGCAAAAAGUCAAAACGCCCAUCAAUCUUCAACUUUUUCCAAUUAAAAAAGAACGAAUACAACUUCGAGGACGAAGAAAAAACCGAAAAUAACAACAACAACCCCGUUCCCGCGAAAAAAGUCACUCGAAGCAAAAGCGAUGUCGGCUCCGGAGGCGUAACUCGUGAAAAUUUCCGCAAAUCCCCACGUCGCAAAAGCGAUUUAACCGAAGAAGUUGACAAGAAAAACCCCCAACUCAGUCCCAUCAUCGAAGACACAAACCGCGACGAUUAUUUCGAGGAAGAGCAAAAGCAGGAAAAGCCAAAAACGUUCUUCGGCGACGUUUCUCGCGCCAAAAGUGCGAGUCCAUCAAAGAAAUUAAUCGAAACCGAGAAAAAAACGUUCGAAGAAGACUUUGCUGAUGCUGUAAAAGCUUUCGAUCCUCCGGCAAAAAAGUUAAAAAGUCCCGAAAAAGAAGAAACAAAGAUGCACAGCUCGCAAUUACCUCCGGAGAAGCCAAUUUUAACGAAAGGCAUGAAAGUCCCGAGCAUGGUGAAGCGUUUAUCGAUGGAAAAACUCUCCCCGCCCCCCACGGGGGUCAAAGCUUUUAGUUAUCUCUCGCCUCGAGCAUCGCCCGGCGACGAAGAUCGCAAAAUUGUUUACGCCGAAGUCGUUCACAACACAAAAAAUGACGAAAAACGCGAUUUUAAGCCAAAACCCGAGCCCGAAAAACUCACCAUUGACGAACCGGAUUUUUCGUAUAAUGCAAAAAAUUAUUACGACGACGACGAUUUCGACUUGGUUCCGAACAAACAAACUCCCGCAGAGCGAUUUGCAGCGAAAUACAAGACAGCGAUAAGUUACAGCAACGAAAAUUUAUUGAAUGUCGAAGAGGAUGAUUUUGAUCGCAUCAAGCCGAGCAUUCGAGAUUUGCCGCCCGAAAAGCCCCCAAUUAACCCGUGGGAGCUCGGAAGACGCGGACAAGCUGAUGGCAAGGAAUAUUACCCAGAAUUCAAUGAACUCAGUAAUCGACGCGAAGAACUUUAUUCGCGGAUAAAAUCUCGAAUUAACUCGGUGCCGAGAGAAACUGUCGUUACGACACGAACAACGAUCACGACGACAAAUGGCGUUCCUCCGGUUCGAAGAAAUCUCUCGAGGGAACUUUUGGAUACCGUUGGGCGAGAAACGGAAGCUGAUGAUAUGCGGAAAAAAUAUUCGAGUGCGGCGGAACACGGAAAAAGCCUUUUAAGCAACGGACAUAAAUCAUCGAGAACGGAGACGAGGACAGAAACGCGACGCUUUCAAAACACCUACGAUGACAGCAAUGACGAUUCGAGUGCCGUGCAUCGAUAUACGGUGACAAGAACCCCGCUGAGAGAGCCGUCGCCGAAGAGAGAAGUGCUUGGAGCGAAUACGAGAGACACGAGUCGAGGUUUUAGCAAGGAACGGGUGACGGAGAAAAAGUCAGAAGAAAGAUUCGGGACGAAUUCUUUGGGAAGGAAAAAGAAACAUCAAACUACUUUUGGCAUGAAUGGAUUGAACGAUCCAAAACACCUCAUGACAACAUGCGAAAAAUUCCUGAAACGCGAACGACGUCAUACCGACGAAUCAUCUCGCUCCCAAUAUUUGCAUCGAGAACGCAGUAUUGAUGAUGGUUCAAGAUUCGAUCCACGCAUUGACAAAUAUGAAGUCUCAACAAUCGACAGAAAACAUCGAAAUCACACAAUUGACGAAAAAUCAGACAAGAGAUUUGGCAGCUUGGGACGAAUGAAACAACUUCUCAUGGGCACAAAUAGUCGCAAUACGAAACCGAAGAAAAAUAACGAAAAUAUUGUCCCGAAUUCGCAGGAAUUGCUCGUUUCGGAUGAGGAAAUGCGUUCACGUUAUCGCGAAUAUCGAGGUCCAAGUACGGCUUAUGAAAGGGAAAAUGUUAUCGAGGUGCAAGAAAUCGCAAAUAGACGACGCCUAUCGACACCACGCUCGAGCCCAAUUGUGCAUCGAGAGGCAAUUAGGAAUGGAAAUGACGAGCAAAGUAAACAAACGAAGACAAGUUGGUUCAAAUCUUUGGAUCGGCUGUCACGGAAAUCGAAGGGAGCGUCAAAAGAAAAUCUUUUGAAUGGAAAAAAAGAUCGUUCUGUGAGUCCCUUGUUUAAACGAUCAAAAUCGCCUGGCAAGCAAAAGUUACGCUUUUUCGGAGAUUCUGACAUGGAACAAAGUUUCUCAAAGGGAAAAACGACAACCAAAGUUCGCAAAUCCACGCCAUUCACUCUGACAAAGUCAAACAAAGUCUAUUCAAAAAGCGCUUUCAACUUAAACGCCACGGAAACGCCAAAGGACAAAAAACGCGACGAAUACAAUCGCAGCGCAUCGCUAUAUGACCUCGACAAAACCAACCAAGAUCGAAAAAUGCGUCAUCGCGAACGACAUUCCCGCAGUCGGGAGUUGCAAAACAUCUCCGAAGACAUUUCAACGUCAGAAAAUGAGCAUCACACGUUAAAAAAUCACCGAAAAUACGGUUCAGACUUGAAAUUGAAGAAAACUUCGCGAGGUCAUUCGUCGUCGUCGGAACGAAAUGUCCCCUUAAAAGCGGAUUAUUCGACGCAACGCACUCGACAACAUCAUUCCGUUGACAGUUACGACGACGAAUCGCGUUAUUUGACACGAACGCGCGAUCGGAGUCACGAAAGACAAUCGAUGUCGCCGUUGCGGUACAAUUACGAACAAGAAAUGGGACCAAAGGGCUCGGGAGAUUACAGAAAACCUCCGAUGGGACCUCCAAAACCGGCAAGAAGCUUCGUGCGACAGAAGGAAAUGGACCGGAUACACGACAGUUCGGGCACGGAAGGCGACUUGAGUCAACAUAGUGUCGUUUAUUUGCACGCAACGACAGUUGGCGAUAUUCCUCCGCAAUCGUACAUUCCGCCAUCACGAUCGGCAUCAAAAAGUGCGUCACGGUCCCGAGAUGAUCUUUCGUACGCCACAGAACGAACUGAUGGCAAGCAUAUCGAGCCAAUGACGAAAACUGUGUCACGUUCUGUGUCGAUGUUGGCUCCAUGGCGCCCCAAACACAAAAGUGAAGGAUAUGAAAUUGAUUAUUCAAAGCGACAAACUCGAAAAUACGUCGUGCCCGCAACAUCAACUACCCUCCCGAAGCAACAUCGCAACAAAACAACGACCCAUAACGGGCGAACGAACGGCUAUGACAAAAAAUAUCCGACAAUUGAUCGAAAAUACAGAGCACAAGAUGAGUUUACUGAUACAACUUACCGAAGUGGUUACGACAUUGAUCCGCAUCGUCGUUAUCGCGACUCUCCCGUCGGCGGUUACAAUCAUCAUUCCAAAGUGAUGAUUUAAUCUUCUUCUAAACUUAACUAUCGAGCGAGAGAGAGACAAAAAUUAACAAGAAAAAAAAAACAAUCAAAGACUAACAUUAGAAAUAA